GGCACCACUUGUCAAAUGACACUUUCAGUUCCAAGAUCAAGCUGCAUUUGCUAAUUCGAACGACGGGACGAUCCUACUCAGUUAUAUUGUGGAUCGUAAUAUAUAAAUCAACUCAUGCGCAUUGAAGGAUAUGAAUAUGGUCUGAUCUCUGCAGCAAAGGCUGUCUCAGCUACCUCCGUCAAGCUCAAAUCAAGACAGCAUAGCCAGAUGCGUUCGGAGCGUCAUUGCAUUUCUUGCAGUAUCGUUUUUCUUUGUCUCAAGUAG